AUGAGUAAUGAGUUGUCUGUAAACGAAUUUGGUGAAGAAUUAUAUGGUAUGACCCAGGCCUGGUCGAAAUAUAAUGACAAUAUUUACUUAAUCGCGAACCAAUUACUUUCUCUUGUAUUUUCUUUUAAAUUUUUCGGAAAUCAAGAAACUUGUGAGAAGCUACACAAACUCUGUGAAGCAUUUUUCAAGGAGUUGGAUGAACUUGGUGAUCGUUUGGAGGAUAGGAAGAACUUUAGCUUUGAUAGAGUCUAUCAGACUUUGAUGGAUGUUUUGGUUGUCAACAACAAAACAGAAUCUACAGAUGACGUCUUAGUUGAAGAAUCCAAGUCAGAUUUUUGCAAUAUUUGUCCAAUUACUCGGAAGCCUAUAGUACAGCCAGUCUCACAGGUGCUUUCGGACGGAGGUGAUUCUUGUAGCCACAUCUUUGAUCACACCGCAAUUAUGCAUCUUUUGAAAUCAACUCCAGAAAUACAUUGUCCGAUUGCAGCCUGUACCAAAAACGUACAUAAAGAUCGUUUACACAGAGAUUGGGAAAGUAUUCAUUGGAAACGACACCACCAGUUCCAGCGCAUAUGCGACGAAAUUACACAAAAUUUGGAUCAGGAAGGUGAGAAGGCGCUCUAUUUAAUCUAG